CGUCUGUGCUUAUGAAAGAAGACAAUGACAACUGAUGAGGCCACAAAGAAUGAAGGAGAGGUCCAGACAGCAGCUCUUGCUGAACAAGGAGAGGACAUCACACCCAAUCAAGAUCGAGGGGUUCUGAAGAUUGUGAAGAGGCCAGGUCAUGAGGACAAGUCCCCUAUGAUUGGAGACAAGGUUUACGUCCACUAUAAAGGAAAGCUGGCCAAUGGAAAAAAAUUUGAUUCCAGCCGUGAUAGGAACGAGCCAUUUAUUUUCAGUUUGGGAAAAGGCCAGGUAAUCAAGGCAUGGGACAUUGGGGUUGCCACCAUGAAGAAAGGGGAGAUCUGCCACUUGCUGUGUAAACCAGAAUAUGCAUAUGGCUCUGCCGGCAGCGUCCCAAAAAUCCCUUCCAAUGCAACCCUCUUUUUCGAGAUCGAGCUUCUUGAUUUCAAAGGGGAGGAUUUAUUUGAGGAUGGAGGAAUCGUCCGGAGAAUCAAACGGAAAGGGGAAGGAUACUCCAACCCAAACGAAGGAGCCACCGUAGAAAUCCACCUGGAAGGAUUUUAUGGUGGCAGAAUAUUUGACUGCAGAGAUGUGACGUUCGUUGUCGGAGAAGGGGAAGACCAUGACAUUCCAAUUGGAAUUGACAAAGCUCUAGAAAAAAUGCAGAGAGAAGAAUACUGUAUCUUGUACCUUGGACCACGAUAUGGGUUUGGCGAGGCAGGGAAGCCGAAAUUUGGCAUCGAGGCAAAUGCUGAGCUUGUGUAUGAAGUUACACUUAAAAGCUUUGAAAAGGCCAAAGAAUCCUGGGAGAUGGACACCAAAGAGAAACUUGAGCAGGCUGCCAUUGUCAAAGAGAAAGGGACAGUGUAUUUCAAGCGGGCAUCCUAUCAGGUGGUGUUGGCUUGCAAGCAUCCUGCCCUCCUAGCUUCAAGGGGAGUGUCUCCUUGGAACCCUGAAAAGAGAGAGAUGGCCGUUGAAAGGGAAGGACAGGAGAGAAGCACUGUCUCCCACUUGGACCAGGCUAAUGCUGAGUUCAUUUCCUCAGGCAGCCUUGUCUUCCCUUCAUCCCAGGAAGGCAAGUACAUGCAGGCAGUGAUUCAGUAUGGGAAGAUCGUGUCCUGGUUAGAGAUGGAGUACGGUUUAUCAGAAAGGGAAUCUAAAGAAGCUGAAUCCUUCUUGCUGGCAGCCUUCCUCAACUUGGCCAUGUGCUACCUGAAGCUGCGAGAGUACAUCAAAGCUGUUGAGUGUUGCGAUAAGGCAUUAGGACUGGAUCAAGUCAACGAGAAGGGGUUGUAUAGGAGAGGUGAAGCCAGACUACUAAUGAAUGAAUUUGAAUUGGCGAAAUGUGACUUUCAAAAAGUACUGGAAGUAAACCCGCAGAACAAAGCUGCCAAGUCCCAGAUCACAGUCUGCCAGAAGAAGAUGAAGGAGCACAAUGAGCGUGACCGGAGGAUAUAUGCCAACAUGUUCGAGAAGUUUGCAGAGAGAGAUGCAAAGGAGGCCAGCAAAGCCGUGGGAGAGAGCGAGGCAGAGAAAGAACCAUGUGAAAAGGGGCUAAAAACUCCAGUGCCUGAAGGCAAAGUCUGAGGGGCACAUCCGACGGAAGAGAAGGUGGAAAGUUGAUCCUUAUGAACUUGGCCCGCGCCAAAACAGGUUUCUGCGGAACUCAGGACUCCACAGUGUUUAUUGUAAAGCUUGUUACAGUUUGUGUGAUCGUGGAAGCAAAAUGCCUAACCAGCAGCUUCACAAACAAAAAUGUUUAAACAGCCCUUCUGCUGUGAGCAUGCUCAGCAGUGGAGCAGAAGCAAAGGGACGGUGGGACCACUCCAAGUGGAACAAAUGGUCUUUAAAAAGAAAGGGGGAACGACAAAAAAAACAACAACAAAGCAACAAAACUUGGCACUAAGGGGGUUAACUGAGGCGGCUCAAGUCCUGCUUAUUUCAGUUCAUGUCAACUUUCUGUACAGUGUCCAGGGUCCUCUGAAACGAGUUAGAAUGUAGGAGCUAUCAAUUGUACAAUUCAGUAUUGCAUUUGGUUGUACUGUCAUAGCACGACACGGGCCUAUGUUGUUGUUCUUUUAAAAAAAAAAAAAUUGACCCAAGUGCUACCGAUUCAAGGUAUCGCGCUGUACCUACUAGAACAAAGUGCAAAGCAAUGUGCCAUGGUUUGUGUACCGCAGUGUUAUGGACUUGAAAGCCAGAAGCAGAGAGGUUACCUUCUCACAUAAUUUCUUUCUUCUCUCUCACUCCAGUAUAGACUUCAAAUGGGUUUCUGUAGCACAGGGGACGGAACAAUCUAGCUCUUAUGGUUACAUUCAGCGGUGAUGAGCUCUUGGGGGUUGGGUUUCUGUCUGGAGGUUCCUUGGACGCGUUUCUGGGGAUGUUACAAUGUGAUGACAGUAACCAGCAUUAAAGUACUGCAUUUCAUCAUGACUUUCCCAUUUCCUUUUCGGAAACUGUUACAACGGCUCCCACAAGUGCUGCUUCAGUUACGUUUUUCAUCCCUUCCAUUAGAACUCCUCUCUCUUCUUAGGGAUUUAUAAUUUGGCUUUAAAAUAGGGUUUCAUUCUGGGAGUUAAUUUAUUUACAUUUAAAAAAAAAAAGUUGCACCACAUUUUAAUAUUGUUGGCGUGCAAAAGAUUGUUUUCAGAAGCUGCUGUUUUCAGAUGCUUAAUUUACAAUCUGCAGGUUUAAUUUUUUUUAAAUGGAGUUUACAGCUUAUUAGGGGGUUGUGCAAAAAAAAAAAGGCAGAUGAAAUAUUGUGGUUCAAAACGGUUAUUUGGUCUCUUACUGCACAUACGUGGUACCAGGAAUCAUAGCUUGCCAAUGUAUAUCUUUUAUCCAACACUCACUGAUGUUUUGGUGAGAGCUGUAUUUGUUUAUUAAUAACCUACAAAGCACAGAAAUACGUUGUGAAUUACAGAUCUGACUGGGAAUACACAUUCUCAACAUACACCAUUAUGGCUCCUUUGAAACCUAGAACGUACUUCUACCUUAAAGGGACGCUGUCACUACCUUUUUAAACCAGCUUUUAAAUUUUUAUUUACUCUCCAUUGUUUGUAAUACCCCCUUUUGAAGCUUGAAAAUAAAACUACUUUUCCUAUCA